CUACUCCCGGCCUUCCCCUCCGCGCCCCCGCCCCCCUGGCGGCCUCUGGCAGUUCCCCGGAGCGGGGCGUCUGGCAGCGGGUCAAGGCUGUUCGCUGCCAGCGCUUCCAGCCAGCGGCGGCCGCUCGAUGCUGAUCGCUGCAGCGCUGAUGCUGGCGCUCGCGGUCCCGGUCGCCAUAAGGGCCCGGGGCCUCGGCGGCGCCGCGCGGCCUGCGGCGGGCGAGGAGGCAGAGGGGAUCUUGCUUCCCAUCGGCGAGACUGCGAUCACGACGGCGCUGGGUCGAAGCGACGCUACCGGCAUAUUACGGGCAGACACAAUUGCAGACGCGCUGAGAAGUGCGGUUUUCAAGAGCAGUAGUGAUUUGGUUAGCGCCUCAGAGCCGACCACAAUCAAUUCGAGCAUCACCGCAGUCUCAGCAGCCGACAGUGGACCCAUGCCGCCCGACAGCAGAGGCAUCAUUGAGACAAUCAGUGUGACCUCGGUGACCACCAGCCGUGCAAACCAUAGCCGUACUACCACGAUGACGAGUUCAACCGGAUCUUUCACGACAGUUCUAAGCAGCAACACUGAAACAAGCAUGGGGAUCAACAGUGCCAGUGGGGCGGGCAUCUUCUCUCUGAGUAACACGAGUACGACCGGAACUACAGCAAUAAACAGCUUGUCUGACAAUAGCAGCACGACAUUGAUCAGCACCACGGAGACGAUCGCCCGAAGCAGCAGAGUAGACGGCAAUCAUUCGAGCAUGGCUAGUACGACUCGCACCACCUUGUCGACUACCCUGACUAGGCUGGCGAACUACCACGGUGACUGUCGAAGCGGACACAAGUACCAAUACUGGGAUUGA